ACUCAAAACUGAUGACUCGCAGAAUGCAAACCAGAUCUUGAUAUGGUUGUGGGUCCUCGUUUGAUUUCUUUGCCUACGUGGCAUUAUCCAUCCCACUCACCUGAUAGAAACUCGUAUGGAAGAUCCAUAGCUAUCCAUUUUUCUCCGGCGAUGGCAGCGGCGUAUUCUCUUACUCUCUCAUCGCCGUUCCCCAAACCGAACACUGCAAUCUCUGCGCCAAAGCCCCUAAAUCCGCUAUUAAAAGCUUCGAUCCCUGUCAGAUAUGGAGGAAACAGAACUCUGAGGAUCUCUUGUAGUUCGCUCUCCAUCUCGAGUCCAGGGUUGCGAACCGGACCGGAUGAUCUCGUCGCAUCCAUCCUCUCCAAGGUGACACAAACAGAUGGAGGAGUUUCAUUGACGAAAGAAGAACACAAGGAGGUAGCUGAAGUGGCUCAGGAGCUGCAAAACUAUUGUGUGGAUGAACCAGUUAAAAGCCCUCUCAUCUUUGGAGAAUGGGAUGUGGUUUACUGCUCCAGGCCAACGUCUCCUGGUGGUGGCUAUAGGAGUACAUUGGGUCGCCUUUUCUUUAGGACCAAAGAAAUGAUUCAGGCAGUUGAAUCGCCUGACAUUGUGAGGAACAAGGUCUCCUUUUCUGCUUUGGGGUUUCUUGAUGGAGAGGUUUCAUUGAAAGGAAAACUCACGGUUUUGGAUGAUAAAUGGAUUCAAGUUAUUUUUGAGCCACCUGAACUUAAGGUAGGAUCACUGGAAUUCAUAUAUGGGGGCGAGAGUGAGGUCAAGCUGCAGAUUACUUACAUAGACGAGAAGAUCAGGUUGGGGAAGGGUUCUAGAGGUUCUUUAUUUGUAUUUCAAAGGCGCUGAUAGACUACGCGAACAAAAAUUUGUGAUUAUGCCAUCUAUCAUCAUGUAAAAUCUGCAAUCUUGUUGUAUGUUAAGACAUGCCUGUUGUAAAAUCAUUUAUGGUGGAGAUUCUAUGCACAUUUUUUGACAAGCAAAGUUCAAAAGUCCAACAUGACAAUUCUCAAGAUCAUCAAAACAAAGUGAAAAGUUGUCA